CAUCAUUUUAUUUGCAGCAACAUUUUUUUGUCUGUGGAUUGUAUCAUAUGUUUACGCUAUGCCAUUAAACAUAGUACUUUAUUAGUACUAGUGAAAGUUUAGCCACUUCAGCCGUUCCCUAAUUUGAAAACGUUUCCUUUGGCAUCACAUAGUUCGCUUUCUGUUGAAAUGGGAACCACAGAUUUCAGAACAUAUAUUCUGCAAUUAAUCAAAAUAACUUUUUAGAAACCGCAUAACUUGACGAUAAAGUUCAUGCCGAAAUAAAUUCAUCAUCACUAAAAAUUUUUGUGCGACUUUAAUUUAUUUCUGUAAACUCACAAAAUUUCUUCGAUCGUGGUCUUUGAACGUUAAUCAGAACUUUAAUUUUGUGUCUUUGAAAACCGAUGCCUCAUAGUAGAAGCAACCCAAAGAUUUUAAGGUUCGUAAGUCAUCAAAAGAAUAAUAAUUGCAGUGAAAAUGACUGGAGGGAAUCAUUUUCGAAGAAGAAUGAACAAGUUUCGGAAAGUAAUUCUCUAUCUUCCUUCAGUGGCUUUGAGGUCGUCAACAGAUCAUGUGAUGGCAAUAGUGACUUAGCAUCAAGGAGAAAAAUGACUUUGGACGAUUUCCCACUUGAUAUGGUGGAUGAUGCUGGAAGUAAUUCUUUUUCAUCGUCGUCAUCCGACUUAAUGAGCUCCAGUGUGAUAGAAGGGAAAUGUUGUGAAGAACAUUUAUCACUUACAAGAGAAAUGGCCAUUAAACUUCUACAGGAGUACGUUAAAAACCUAAAGGAUUUCUCUUCGAUGAUGAGAGAAAGACAGUCGACAACUGUGAGGGAUAUUUCUACAUCUCCCAUACAUUCACCUUCAUUAGAUGACAGUGAUAAACUUAACUGUGUAAGAAAAAGGGACCACCAUAAUUCUGACAACUCAGUGGGUAGACAAAGGCCCUCAUCUAUUUUAGGAAUUGGCGACUUAAAUCACAAUACGUUCAUCACGAAUCAAAACUUUCGAACUGAAACACCGACUAAUGUGCUUAGUCCUUCAGACACCGUUAUAGAUAUACCACUCUCUUCUACAAAGAAACACUUCUUUCCGACCUCUCAAGUAUUCAAAGUUGUUAAUCAUUUAGAAAAACCAAUAACAUCUACGUUAAUCAAAACGGACAAAGCUCACCCCAUUGUUAUUGCAAAAGAACCUUGCUUUAUGAAAAACAGCGUGGAUUCAGAUGACUCUGGUCAAAGAACACCGGUUAAUUCUGAACCAAAUAUGCCUAAUACUGUGUUACGGUCAGAAAAACACUAUCAACUCGAAAAGGAUCCUGGAAACUCAAUGCCUAUACUUUCGGCUACUCAGCCUUUUCUUCAUACAACAGUCAACAACGAAUUUCUGGAAAAUUGUGGACAGGAAAUCAGAAAACAACCGGAAAGAAUAACUUCACUUCCACCACAGCCUGAAAUAAUGAGAUCAGAAAGAUCACAAAAACCAAAUAUCUUAAUUUUGGAUGAAAAAUCAGACCAAGAGAGCAUUAUUAGUGAAAGGCAAUCUAUGGGCACUCUUAGGUCACCACCACAUCCAUUUCAUAUGCGCACAUCUUCUGAUAUCUCAAAAAUGGAGAGAUUAAGAAGAAAAUCACCCAGUCCAUCUUAUACAAGUUCAAACAUUUUUGAAAAUUCUGUACAAUCCAAUCCCGUAAAACCAGGAUUCCAUUCUAGUCCUACAUCUCAACCAAAAAUGUAUCAUUCUGCUACAUUAAGGUCAAGUUCUGUACAAAGAAUGCCAUCAAAUCCACCAAAAGAAACUCCAUGGUAUAGUCAUUCAAGUGAUGUACAACCACAAAACUCUAACAGAAGUUUGGUUAAAAGUUCAUCAAGCAUACCUUUGAGUGGAAAUCCAAGUUAUCUGGAUUCUAUUUCAUCUAAUGUCCUUUCACCGCCUUCACAAGUCGUCUAUCAUUGCAGACCUAGUGAUCACUUAGUGACUGAUUCAAAACAAACAUUAAGAGAGGAAGUUUUCAAACCUAGUCUUAAUGGUAACAAAUCUAUCAUGAAAGAACCUAAGCAGUCAGUAAACUGGUCAAAUGUUCCACGCUUUCAGAAGAAUGAUGAGUCUAUAGACAGUAAAACAUCCUCUUUUUCCUCCAAUUCACAACACACAACCACUCAUGUAACUGAAAUAAACAGGCAACAACGUUGGUCUUUCAGUUCAAAAGUCCCUGUAAACACGAGUUUGAAUGUGGAACACAAUGGUUUUUCAGAUCACAAUAAUCAAUCAUCUGUCAAAAGCUAUACUGAGUCCGCAAUACAGUCACCUUCAACAUCUAAUGAAUAUUCCUUUGUAAAUGAAAUCAAUAGAUUUGAGAAUACAGAUGAAAUCAGUAAUUUGAAUAAUGGAAUACGAACACGUUCAGUCAGUGAACAGCCACCGUUAUCACCCAACAGAUUUCCCAAUAGAUUUGUAUUUCGGUCAAAUUCAGAUCAAAUAUCGCCACCCAUUCACCAUCAAGCUUAUCAGUCAGCGAAACAAUCGGAUGUUACACAAUACAAUCGUGACAAUUCGCUUCCGAAUAAAUUUGAUACAUCAACACAAACAGAUGAUUUUUAUUCCAAAUCAUGGACAACAGGAAGUUUGGAUUCUCCAAAUAAUCAGGAUUCAGAUGCUUCGUGUGAAUUUGAAUCUCCCAACUCAACAAACGAACCAAAACUUCAAACUUGGCCACUUUCUUUGCAAAGUAUUGUAAGACCAACUGACUCAGAUAGUAAUAGUAGUAUACCGCCUAAACCAAUUGAAAAUAAUCGUAUCAGUAAUGUGAAUAUGCAUAUUCAAAAGUCAAAACCAAGCUGUACAUUAAUUCCAACAAAAGCUAAUGAAUGCAAAAUUCAGUCAGGUGCAGUUUAUCAAAAAGAACCUUGGCGUCGUCAUUCCCUUCGCAUAAACCCAACAGAUGUAUCCACUCAGUCAACUUCUCUGCAAGUUACAGAUAAUUUAAACGAUAAGCCACCACAGAGACUGUCUUCAUCGCGCAAGCCUCGUACCGCUUCAAGAUUCAGUAUUGGAAAUCCAAGUGAACUUGAAACUCCAAGAUGUCGUAGUGUACAUUUUUCAAGUGAUGUUUUAGUUGCACAUACCGGUUCCGGACCAGAACCUUUACUCCUCUCCUCAGCUCCUUUAAAGGAACCAGCUUCUGAUGAUGAAGAUUCACAAAGUUCAUAUUUCAUUGAUAGAAAACCAAAUAAUCACCUAACAAAACUUUCCAUUGAUUGCGGUCAAAAUGCAUCAAAUAUUCCAAGAUCUUUUAAUUCACGUACAAAAAUUAGCAAACCCACGGCUCCAUUGCCUUUCCGUCGACAAUUUGUCUUUAACUCUCCGAAUAACUUAGACUUUUAAUUGAUCUGAUGAAAAGUCACACAAUCUGCAAAAGACUUUUCGCUUAAUAUCAUUACAAAAAAUGACGAAUAUGCACUUCUAUCUACUGGACAAUUUGGAAAUUUCCGUCUCAUUUCCUCUUCUUUUUCAUUAUGAAGUUUAUCAUAGUAUUUUUCUAUCAUUUUGUGUGCCUUAAACAAUAAUUAUACUAAUGGGAGCAUUGGGCAAUCAUUGAUUUCUCUCAGAAAAGGGCAUUUAAAUUAACAGCAGGUCAUAUGCAUUUAUCACACUGACAGUGAUGUUUCACAAUUUUCUCUAAUUAAUUUUCUUCUCACAUUUUGACUAACAUCUUUUCACAGAGUUUAUUUAUUAUUUGCAACUUUAACAGCUAUUUAAUCAAAUCUGAUUUUAUUUCGAUAAGAAUAUGAAUGAAGAUUAUUCAGCUGUAUUUCACUGGUUUAGGGAUUCAUAUAGUGUGAGAAAUACUACAGGUAAAUGCAAUUGUAGUGUUAUUGUAGGAUACAGCCUAGUGCAUGUAACAUAACUCGUCAUAAGAAAUAAAAUUAUGCCUAGUCAGAUCAAAACCAGAACACUUCUUCACGCAUGAACAAAUAUUUAAAAAAAUUAAUGUAUAAUUAAACACAUUUUAGGGGAUUACAGCAUGACACAAGAGUGACAAAGUUUUUAUUUAAUAUAAAACUGCAUGUAUGUAAAUUUUAUUAUCUGUUCUUCUUCUUCAAUGAUGAAAGUGCUUUCAUAUGACACUGUUAUCUUUCCAUUUCCUUCUGUUAAACAAUAAUCCAUGCAUUACAGUUGAUAUUUUUUGUUUAUUUUCAGCUUUUCCUAAUCAUUACAUGAAUUUUAGUCAAUUUACAGCUUAUCAGAGAUUCAGAUCAUGCAAAUAUUAUUAAACAUGCAUUUUAUGUAUCAUUAAUAAUGAGAAAGAA